UCCAGUUGCUGGACAACCUGCUCCACCUAACCUGAGUUACCGCUGUGCCUAUUCUAGGAUGUGGGAUCAGUGACUGGGGUUUUCACCAUUAAGCUCUUUAUUUAGCUUGUUUUAGACGUUUCUAACUCAUCCAUCAUGAUAAAUGUUAGUCCAGGCUGGCGGCUGUGUUUUAAUAAAAAUACAGUGAUCCCUCGCUACUUCGCAGUUCGUUUAUCGCGGAUUCACGACUUCGCGGAUUUUUUCUUUGGAGCCUUAUUCAAGGGAAAUUUGCCGAUUCGCGGUAUUUUUCUAUGCGAAAUAUCAAGAAAUUCCUGUUUUUUUCAUCAAUUUCAUCAUAAAAUGCACUUUUUGUAAUAAAAUGUAAAAAAAACAAGUAAUUUUUUUUCUUGAGUUUUACCCACAAAAAGAGAAUGUGAUCAUACGAUAAUUCAAUAUAGUACUGUACUGUAAAUAUGGUGUCCCUACUUCGCGGAUUUUCACCUAUCGCGGCCAGGUCUGGAAUGCAUCUACCGCGAUAAACGAGGGAUCACUGUACAUCUUUGAAUGCGGACGUCCAUACCUUUCUAGACGAGUGUCACAAAAAAAUUUAGAAUGCAAACCUUUUAUAUUUUUAAUUAGUUCUGCUCAAGAAAAGGCCUAAUAGAUCUAUUAGUAACAAUUUGAACAUAAAAUAUAUGAAUUUAUAUCAACAACCACCACGAGAAACUUAAUUCCACAAUUCUAAAAAACGCUAGCGAGGGCCGCAAAUGGCCCCCGGGCCACACUUUGGACCCACCUGAAAUAGACAUUUAGGAAGUGAGAGCUGCAGGACGUGUGUGACAAACAGAAACUAAAGGUGAAUCCUAAAGAUUCAUUGUGCUAGACCAGAGGCGUGACUCAUUUUAAUCUCGAGAGGAUAACGUCCAGCGACUCUGGUGGCCUUGACACCUCUAAGCAAGAUUAACACUAUCCCUGCAGUCAGCACAUUUCACUGGCCUGGGAUAACUGGCCAGACCGUGACUUAUACCAGUUCGCUGCUGGGACACAAAAUAACUAGAAAAUUCCAGUCCAAGUGCCUGACACAUUGAUGGCGUCCAUCAUCAGGGGCAAAACCCUUACCUAAGGACCUUAAGGAGAUUUUGGCAGGCAUGUAAACUGUAAUCAGGGCUUCCGGGGGAUAAAUGAACUCCUAACCAGUGAUGAGUCAUCAGACUGGAGAACGCCUUCAGAGAUGUGCUAAACAUGUUUUCCCAUGAAGGAGUUAAAAGAUCCCAUUCUUUCAGUUUUCCAUGACACAUCAAUAAACAUAUUUCAUUUGGCAAACUUUUUUAUCUUUGCAAAUGUCCGACCAACACAUACAUAUUCAGUGUGAGGGAUAAUGUGUUUAUUUACAGUACAUUGUCAUCUGGUAGCAAAUAGACCAUUUAAACAAUUACCAUUCACCGUGCGGAGAAGAGGGUGUACUCCUCUCACUUCAAGUGCCCAAGUUGGCUUUCUGCUUUAAAAUGGCUUCGUGUGGCCCAUUUGAAGAGAUUGUCUGAUGGAGAGACUAAUUCUUAAUUUCAUCAGCAUUUUUACCUCCAAAACUCCAGCUGCAGACAGACGGUUGGAGAACGACAAGUUUUGGUUUCUUAAAGUUUGGUGCUUCAGUGUUCUUGGGUCUUAAGAUGAAAUGUUGCUGCUUUUCACUAAAGUACAAGAAUUUCUCAAGUUUCAACGGCUCUUUUUGACAAUUCCAUUAGUUGUUUUUUUUUUGGGUGUUUUUAAAGCUGGACCUUUGUAUACCUCUGGAAUUGACCCAGGCAUGAUGGCGCUCAUCGUCUGGACCGAAUCCUGACAGGCUGCAGCACAUUCUGGUAGAAGUGAUGUUUGGCGUUUAUCAAAAUUUCUCGGCUUCUGUUUUUUCUACCAGCCUCGUGGUCUGGACGGUUUCCUGGCUGAUGUUUUUGCCCUCAAACCACUGAUAACUCUAUACGGUGUGCCAUCAUCCUGAAAAAGGCAUUGUUCAUCUCCAAACUGUUGUUGGAGAGCUCUAAAGAUUUUCUCUAGGAGGAUGUUUUGGUAGUUCUGAGUCCACCCUUGGUUUAAGAAUAAUCCCACACAUGGAUGGUCUCCAGAUGCUUCACUGUUGGCUUGAUGAGACCGAUAGGGUCACUCACUUCUGACAAAGGAAAUCCACCAGGGAAAAUGACUCAGCAGUCUAAUCUCUGGACCUUUUCUUAAUCUCAGGCUGCACCUGAUAACAUUCUUAGAGGUAAGGAGCUUCUUUGCUGCCCCUCCUGCCACCAAACCCUCCAGAAGUCUUCUCUUCUUAUGCCUGCUUGCUACUGGUGCCCCGAUCCCAUAGCUGGAUCAACUUUAGAAGAUGUUCCUUGUGUGUUCUGGCCUUUAUUAAGAGCCCUGGGAAUUUUUUUUUAUUAUAAAAGCAGAAGGGAUUUUUAUUUAUUCAGUUACAAAAAAAAAAGUUAAUUUUCAUGGCAGAAGUGGGACUUAGCGAUUACUUCUUAAUGGACAUUUCUCUCUUUAGAACAUCGGAGUGCCAUGCCAGCUUCCAACAAGAUGGCAAACGUUGCAGUUUGACCCAUUCUGAAACCAUUACAUCACCACCGGUAAACAUGUUUCCUGUACAGUCUGUUUACAGCGGAGCAGCACACAGAAAACCCCUUCAUGAUCUUCAUGUGGACUAAUUGAGUUUGACAAGUCUUCAUUUCUAAUCCUGUACCAUGUGAUCCACAGCAGCUGGUGCCCCAUCCUCACGUUCAGAAGGGAUUUACAACAUUACAGAACAGAACACCAGUCACGCUUGUUUGGAGUUUCUCUAAACAAUUUGUUUAGUUUUGGCAGAUUAGCAGGAAAACUCAUUUAAACUGUUGUUGUCAUAAACCGGAGGGAGAAAGUCGAUACUGAGAGUUCACUCAAGACUGGUUCGCGUAGUGUGUUAAGUCAUUUUAGUGCUGGGGGACUUGGAGAACGUCUUCCCAUCAUGGGACAGCGCCUGAGCGAGGACAGUGACCCAGACAAGGAAAUCGAUGUGGCAGAGCUGCAGGAAUGGUACAAAAAAUUUGUUGUGGAAUGCCCAAGCGGCACUCUGUUCAUGCACGAGUUCAAGAGCUUCUUUGGGGUUACGAAUAACAAGGAGGCUGCAGAUUACAUCGAAAACAUGUUCCGAGCCUUUGACAAGAACGGCGACAACACCAUCGAUUUUCUGGAAUAUGUGGCAGCUCUGAACUUAGUUCUUCGAGGGAAACUGGAGCAUAAACUGAAAUGGACGUUCAAAAUGUACGACAAAGAUGGAAGUGGCUGCAUCGAUAAAACAGAGCUUCUUGAAAUAGUGGAGUCUAUUUACCGGCUAAAGAAGGCCUGCCACGGAGAGCUAGAUGAAGAAUGUAACCUGCUUACUCCAGACCAAGUGGUAGACCGAAUAUUUGAGCUGGUUGAUGAAAAUGGAGAUGGUGAACUCUCCCUGGAUGAGUUCAUUGAUGGAGCGCGGAGGGACAAGUGGGUGAUGAAGAUGCUGCAAAUGGACGUCAACCCUGGAGAUUGGAUCAAUGAGCGAAGACGCAGCGCCGACUUCUAACUCUGACAAAGCAUGUCUGACCUCUCACAGUGGUGGUUUUCUACAGAACUGUAUGUCUAAGUCUGGUUUUGCACUAAAACUUUACAACUGAGGCCCCUCAGUCAAGCAGGGAGUAAAGCUUCUUAGUAACGCUGCUUAUAUAUUUAAGUAGAUUUAAUUAUGUAUUUUACAUUUUCAGCAACCUUGAACAGUUUUUUUUCCUUUUGUAUCACAAAUCAAGUCUUAAAAAUGUCCAAUAAACACUUAAAGAAAAUAAGAUGCAGACAAUUUUACAACAGAGUUGGAUUUGAGAAGGAAAUGUGAUAUUUCUAUAGAUGUGGUGGACAAAGUUGUUGGUACCCAUUGGUCACAGAAAUAACUUGAUUCUGAUAAAAGUACUAAAAAAUAAAAUUCUAUUAAAGGUAACCAGAGAAAAUCAGACACUGCUUUUCAACCAUGCUUCAAUGCUCAAUAGGAUUGAGGUCAGAGCUUAUAGAAGGCCACUGUAGAAUAGUCCAAUGUUUUCCUCUUGGCCAUUCUUGGGUGUUUCUAGCUGUGUGUUUUGGGUCUUGUCGUGUUGUUAGACCCACGACCUGCGACUGAGACCAAGCUUUCUGACACUGGCCAGCUCAUUUCUCUCUAGAAUCCCUUGAUAAUCUUGGGAUUUAAUUUGACCCUGCACAGAUUCAAUACACCCUGUCAGAUGCAGCAAAGCAGCCCCAGAACAUAACAGCACCUCCUCCUUGUUUUACAGUAGGGACAGUGUUCUUUUCUCGAUAUGGUCUAAUGAGCUUUGAAAGAAAAGCGUCUGGACUUCUUUGAGUUGCUUGAAGAACAUAGAAGAGCCACCUCCACGGGACAGGACUCAGCAGUUCGUUUGCAUCUAAAGGACAAAGGUCACUCUUUCGAGGAUGCCAACGUUCACAUUUUGGACAGAGAGGACAGAUGGUUUGAAAGAGGAGUAAAGGAAGCCAUUUAUGUCCACUGUGAGCAACCAUCUUUGAACAGAGGCGGUGGUUUACGACACCAACUGUCUGCCAUCUAUAAUCCAGUUUUGAGAUCCCUUUCCAGAUGCCUCAACGCCCACGCAUAUCCUGGGCCAUCUGACCUCAGGAAUUCACAUGAUAGGGUGGGGCCAGGCUUCACAAUGAGCUUACCCGAAACUCUGGCUGAAUAGGACCCACACCCACCCUCACACCUUGGCUCAUGUGUUUAUGUAGAAGAUCAUCAGGGGGUCUUUUGUUCCCUCUUCGGGGGGAAACUCCCACUGGGUUUAAAUCUGGGACUCUCCACCAUUUGACCUUAGAACUGAAGAAGCCUCUCGGAUGAGAGGUGAAACGUCUUCAAGCAACUCAAAGAAGUCCAGACGCUUUUCUUUCAAAGCUCAUAAGACUACAAUGACCUGGAUGACUGAGAACCCUCACAGACCUUUUCUCGAAAUGCUUCAUGUUUCUGUCUGUGAACAUAGAGCUGAUGUUACCUUGGCAAAAAGUCCUAUCUUUGUUUCAUCUGUCUAUAGGACAUUCUGCCAGAAGCUUUGUGGCUUGUCAGCAUGUAGUUUAGCAUAAUCCACUAACCCUAACUAAUGGGACUUUAACAAUGGUGUCCUCCUUAGUCAUCUCUCAUGUCAUGUAACAACAACAGAUGGUGCGAUCUGACACUGAUGUUCAUUGACCUUGAAGUACACCUUGGGUCUCUUUAGAAGUUUUUCGGGGCUCUUUUGUUACUAUUCGGUUUAUCCGUCUCUUCAUUGAUUUUCCUUCUGCGGCCACGUCCAGGUAGGUUGGCUGGAGUCCCAUGGAUCUGAAAUUUCUGAAUAUGUGCGACUGUAGUCACAGGAACAUCUAACUGCUUGGAGAUGGCUCUAUAGCCUUUACCUUUAACAUUCUUGUCUAUAAUUUUAUUCCUAAUCUCCUGAAAACUCUUUCCUUUGCUUCCUCUGGUCCAUGUUGAGUGUGGUACACACCAUGUCACCAAACAGCACAGUGACUACCUGGAGCCCUUUACAUAUGCUACACUGACUGAUUACAAGAUUGAAUACACCUGUGAUGCUAAUUAGAGGACGGUCUUUUCUAGAUGUACCAUAAUUUUUUGUCCAGGCCUGUUCCAUGAUUUUAUUUAUUUAGAUAAUUCUGUUGAAGCGUGGUUGAAAAGCAGCGUCUGUCUUUUAUUGGUUAAAGUUCUUUGAAAUGUUAUUUAUUAUUACGUUAGUCAGAUUCAACUUAUUUAUGUGACCACUGACUGAAGGGUACCAACAAUUUUGUUGAUGUCUGUGUUUUUGUUCAUAUUUUAACCAGCUAAACCCUAAAACUUCAUUAUUAUUAUGAUUAAAUAAACGGAUUUGGUUUCAAGACCGCAACAAACCUCAGUCUUAAAAUAUCGUUCUGUUUUAUGAAGGCAGCUAGAAAAUUUGGAUUGAUGGGUAUGAAAUGUAGCCAGGAGGAUUAUUACAUUUAUUAUCAUGUCUUGAUUAAAGGGGUCUGGUUUAGUGGCUGGCAGUGGUGGUGAUAACACACAAUCACCUAACAGUGUGUGGUGGCAUUUAAUGCAUAAUGUUAUUGUCAAGAGGCAGAGUUAUUAGUGCUCAGUCACUAGAUACGAGGGUGUUUACCCAAUCAGCACACUGCGGGGCCGACGCAGGCAGAAGUUCUCUGAUCUUUGGGAAAUAACAGGAAGUACCUGCAUCUACCGUUCUGCACCUAAACACUCCGUUUAUCAAUAAAGUUUGGUAUGACAUUCGA